AUGGCCAAGCGGCGCGCAGCCGAGCCGCUGGCGCUGCACGUGCCCUGCAAGCGGCUGCUGCUCUGCGGCUUCCCCGAGGAGCCGCCGCCGCUCUGGACUCCGCCGUCGGGGGCUGCGCGGCCCCGGAAGCGCAGAAUCGACGCGGGCGCCAUGGCCGAGCCAGCGGCGUCGCCCAGCAAGCGCCGCGGCACCGCGGACGGCGAGGAGCCCGAGAGCCGUGGCCGGGACCCCGGCGGGACGCCGCCGCCGCCGCUGCCGCCGCCGCCCGCGCAGCCCCGCGGGCCGGGGGAGGAGCCCCGUGACGCCCGGCCGCUCACGGGCGGGGCCCACGACGGGGCGCAGGGGCCCCCGCCGGGCGCCUGGGGGUCCGCGGCGCGCCAGUACAAUGAAGAGUUUUGGCAGUAUAAUACAUUCCAGUACUGGAGGAAUCCUUUACCACCUAUCGACCUGGCAGAUAUCCAAGGAGUGAGUGAAGACAGCCUGACCGAGACAACACUUCAGGACAAGAAUGGAGUGGCUGAGAUUGACAUGGAGUCUUGACAAGAACUGCUGACAAAAUAGAAUUUACUAAAUUUGCAGAGACCUAAGGAAAAAGUAACUUUCCAUACUUGACAUUGUUUCUAGACCUGAAAAAUAAGUAAAAACUAUUUUGACAAUAAUUAACUAUAGUUACUACGGAACUCCCAGUAGGGAUUUAUCAAGGAUAUGGUAGAGUUAUAGGUGAAAUAUUUUCUGUACAUGUUUUUUAAUGUAGAUAGUUUUGUUUGGGAUCUAACUGUGAAGAUACACUAGUCUUACAGAAAGGAGUCUGGCAGUUGUAGAAAUAGAUGGGAAGCACACCUACCUGUCUUCCUCUGUCAAAUCUUUGCACUGAUAAAAAGUUUGUGGAAUAUGCAGUGAAUAUAAUUUUAUAGAACUAGUAUUAAAAUAUUUUCUAGUACAUCUACUGACUCAGCUGAACAAAUCGGUGACUUGAAUAUCUAUGCAAAAUUACCAUGUGGGAGAUACUUUCUGAAAGCUGAUAAUGUUCUAAAAGAACUUUGUAAAUUGAACUUUUGAGAAUUUCAAUUUGGGAAGCAUUUUAACUUUCGAUAUUUGAUGUCUGUUAAACUGCUAUGGCAAUCAAAACAAUGGGAAGUGGGUGCCUGCCCCUCCCCCUUCUAAGAUAAAAAGAAAAGAAUUUAUUCUAUGAUCAGUUUAUUGACUUUAAUUACUUUGAGGGCAUUUUUGUUACUACUUUAGACCUGUAGUUCUCAACACUUUAAAAGCCUUUACAUGAGCCCCAUUCAAGACAUUUCAUUUAAUCUUCUGGAAGUGGGCCUUACAUGUUGACACUUCACACACCAGUCCUCUCCUUCCUUUCUCUAAUGUGCAGACAGGGCUGGGAGCCACUAGACCAAUGAUAGUUUUUCCUAGUUAAAGGUGAUGACUAAUUUGAGCUGAUAUACGCCUGUUCAUUAGUUUUGUCCUUGUUUUGCUCUGCUGAUGGCUAAGUUACUUUGUUACUGCUACUAUUUUGUUGUUAAAAAUAAAUUAACAAUUUGUGUUUGAGUUAUGUA